UUUCCAGCAACAUGACCGGAGAGAGCGACUACAGCAAGUACGACCUGGCUCGCCUGCAGACCGAGCUGGAGCAAGAGAGGGAAAUGAAAGAAAUGCUUGAGGAGUCGGUGUCUGACCUGCGGAGCACCAUGCGCGAACUGCAAGAAAGACUGCAGAGUGUUGAUGGAGAAGGUAAUGAGUGGAAGACGAGGUAUGAGACACAGACGGAGCUGAACGGACAGUUGGAGAGACAGAUCUCACUCAUUCACGAGAGACUGGAGGACCUGCGAGGCAACCCCAUGGAUCGAUUGGCCUCCAUCCGAUCUUAUGACGACAUGCCAGUAGAAACACUGAGACAGCGUCUGAAGCUCCUGACGGAGGAGAAGUCUGGCCUCCGGAGUCAGCUGAUGGACUGUCAUCUCAGAACUGAGCAGGAGGGAAAGGCAUUUCAUAAAACCAAUGAUGAGAGACGGGCAUACCUUUCAGAAAUUGCCAAGCUGUCCUCCACCCUUGAGGCCCAAAGAAGACAGUACUCCACUCAGCCACAGAGGGCGAUAGACAGCAAACUGAGGAGCCCAGUGAGGCACAGCAGAUACAGAGAGAAGCAGACCGGCAGGAAUGCAGAGGCUGCUUCUGAGAGGGGAAAAGAGAGAGAAGAAGAGGGAGGAGGAGGAGCGCAUGUGAAAGGAGGAGGUGGUUGUGGAGCAACAGCAGAGAAAAGUGAAGAGAGGAAUUCCCAGAGGGGAAGCAGGUUACCCACCCUAAAGCACUACCUGAAACACAAUCCCUAA